AUGAUGGGUUUCCUUACUACAGACGCUGCCUUGCCGAUUCUCGCUGUCGCGGCUGGUGUGAUCUUUUUCAUCACAUCACCACUGACUCCGAAUUUUGCAGCUGGAGUCUUGUCCGUGUUUCUGGACAAAUAUCUUCGUUGGCGCUACCCCAUCCUGUCCACGGACGGCAAACGUCUCCUUCCCACUUGCCCCUACCAAUGGCCUAAUGGUCAAGGAGAUGUCGCCAAGUUCCUCCAAGGUAUUGAGAACUGCGAUUUGUGGGAAAAGGAGCAUGGAGAGAUCUAUCGAAUCUGGUCAGGCAUGCAAUCGGAAGUCGUCCUCACUCAGCCACAUCAGCUUCAAGCUGUCUUCAGGGACUCCAACAAACACUCCAAGGCGGAAAACAACAAUUCAGGCUAUCUUAUGAGCGAGCUCCUCGGCCAGUGUGUUGGACUAAUUAGCCGUGAUCGAUGGAAAGCCCUCCGCGCUGUGACGGAAGUCCCGUUCCAGCAUGAUAAGACUGGUUCUUAUGUGGACUUGGUUUUACGCCAUACGCAGCAGCACUUUGAUGAACUGAGCACUUCCGGUGAUUUGAAAUAUGGACGCAUCCAGCCAGCCCAGGACCUGAAGAUGCUCCCAUUUUGGAUUGUGGCUGAGAUAUUCUACGGGGAAUGCGACGCUGCUAUGCGAACUGAACUACAGGAACUAUGUGUCAUCCGUGAGCGGCUAUGGAAGAAGAUGAUACAGGGCGGCCUUGUGCGCUGGAACUGGUCUCGAUACUUGCCUACUGCAACAAAUAGAGAACUUGCCCAAUUCAAGCAGCGCUGGAGGGCUUUCAACCAAAAUGCUUAUGAGAGAGCAUGCAGAGAAAGCAACCGCGGUCUUCCCAUUGUGUCUAUGACUGAAGCUGCUAGUGCCGGUUCCAUCUCACUGGAGCAGCUGUACCAGACAAUUGAUGAAGCCCUCUUUGCCAAUUUGGACGUGACAACUGGUGGCAUUUCCUGGAAUCUCGUCUUCCUAGCUAGCCAUCCAGAGAUCCAGGAAAGGGUUCGAGCUGAAAUACUAGCCACUGAGAACCGCGAUGCGUACCUUGCUUCGUCGUCGACCUUGCUCGCAGCCUGUGUAUCUGAAUCAGCUCGCCUCAAGCCACUGGCUGCAUUCACAGUUGCACAGUCCCCUCCUACUGAUCGUACGGUUGGAGGAUAUUGCAUCCCCGCUGGAACGAAUAUUGUUGUUGACACGUACGCUCUAAAUAUCCGCAACGAGUUUUGGGGUGAAGACCGCAAGUCAUACCGGCCAGACCGCUUCCUGGAGCGCCGUGCUACCGAGCUACGAUACCAGUACUGGCGUUUUGGAUUUGGUCCACGGCAGUGUAUGGGCCGGUAUGUGGCAGACCUAGUUAUUCGGACCCUUCUAGCACAUCUAGCAAUCAACUACGAACUUGGCUGGCUAGAGUCAUCGACUAAGGAUGAUGGGAAAUGGAAAAGAGACCUAGAGUCUUGGAUUACGCUCCCGGAUAUGCAGCUUAAGUGUGUAAGGCGGGAGAACCUAUCCACUUAG